AGUCUCAUUCUAUGAGUGCGCGAGUGUUUGUGUUUUUUCGUCCGUUCGUUUUUUUUGACUCUUUGGCGGCGGUGUAGUUCGCGUUCAAGUUCAAUGCAUAGAUAUAACGUAACAGUAAAAUAAAAAAUAAAAAACACCAAACUAACGGAUAAUAAUCGGCGUGACAUUUCAACGAGACGACGGCCUUUUCAUUCGUAAAAACAGGUACGACGCGUCAUUAUGAUUGAGUAUUAUUGUGGCUGUUUCAUGCAUUGAGCAUAGGCAUGGUCAAUUUUUUUUUUUUUUCGUUGCCGGUAGUGAAAAUUGUUCGUUUUUCUCGUUUUCCGGUUUUCGAUCGGCGACAUGUUGUUCGGCCGAUAUCGAACCUCCACCGCCGACUUAAAUCACGUUGACCCGGUAGUGUAACACCACAAUUUAUAUUAAUAUCAUUACCAAUCACGUUCAUUGCCGACUCGUUUUUCGGUAUUAAAUUUGGCGUUUUUUUUUUUUUUGUUUCAUAUUUAAUUCCCUCCCCCGGGCGGAACGCGGUGAUGCACUACACGCGUCUGCGUCUGCACCUACCGGCCGACCGUGACGAUAAGAUUAUUUUGACCACUCUGCAGCUACUGCGUAAAAAAAAAAAUACAUAAACAAUUAUUAUAUACACGUCCUGCGGAACACCUGCCGUCUGCCGCAUCGGUUUUUAGAGGACAACAAUGCGCUUUGUAAUAGGUACCUACACACUAUUAAUACUACCCGAUUCAAUCUCGGAAACGACGUAAACUACAACUGGUAUAUCGAUCCUUUGGGCGAGUUUUAAUUUUUCUGCGAUUUGUUAAAUGCACAUGUCGAACGUCGAAUUCCCCGGUACACGCCGUUUGUUAGUUUAAUCGGUAGGUAACAGCGAGGAUUGUAGGCAAAAUGUCUGGUUAACUAUAUUAUUAUUGGUUCGAAGUUUUGAGGGUGGGAGUUGGGCUUAAUUAAAGUUAAUUGAAGUUACGUAACUAUACGAUGUGAGUGCUUACAAAACGGUUAUUGUUAAGCCCGCUGUUAAGUUUUAUUUUUACUAAUUUAAUUGGCAAUUUAUUCGACGGCAGUCACAUUGGUAGAAUUAACGUGGCACGUGUGUUAGUUCGUUGAUAGUUUUACAUUUGCCCGCGUCCCAAUAUGCGUAUGAGGCUUAUUUUUAAUUAACAACGUUUUAUAGAAAAUAUUCAUAAUGCGUAGAAUGUGUAAACUAUUUUUUAUCUUGGUUUAAUGAUUUAGAGAAAAAAAAAAAAAACGUUAUAGAAUGCAUAGAGAGAUUAAUAAUUACCUAUAAUAACUAGUAGGUAGGUAGCAAUAUUUAUUAUUUAAAUUAUAUUGGAAUCAAAAUGCACAUAAAGUUUGUAAAAUGACUCAUUGGUCACCUGAAUAUUUUCUGGGUUUCAGCUCGACGGGGAAAACAGACUCAUUAAGGUUUAAACAUGCUUUUAUCUCGGUAGUUAUGCUACAUCAAUUCAACAGAUCCAUGUAUACAAGCUAUCUUUUCUCCUCUAUUUAAAUUCUUCUUGUACAAAUACAAUAUUAUUAACUGCUAAUCUAAAACAUCCAUUUAACGACAUCACGUUGAAAAGUAUUAUACAUACUGAAAACAACGUUAUAAUGCUUAAUGAUAUUUUGAUAGUACCUACUUACCAGGUUAGUUUGUGUGUGUGUAUUACAUUUUUAUCUUAAACAUAAAGAGCAUCAUAUUAUUAUUACUUCUGUUAUUACUUUUCCAUUGUCCAUAAUAUAUUAGUUUUAUGAUGAUAGCUAUAAUGCAAUUAGAUACAUUAUUGUUUUUGUUAUAAUGUAAUAUUAAUAGAGUGUUCAUUAGUGUUAUUAUUAUAUUGCAUAUUAGUUAUCAGAGGAUAAAAAAUUGAUUAAUAUUGUGUACACCAGAUUCCAGAAUACCAUGAUUUUCCCAAUGAUUACUUAGAUUUCCUGUAAGAUUACUAAAGAUUUUCAUAAUCACCAAACAUUUGUAUAUUGAUUUCCGUUAUUGUGAUUUACCCUUUGUUAAUGACUAUGCAGUCAGCAUUAGUGAUUGUUGAUUUUAUUUUGGGUAGUAUAAUUAUUGUUUUAGAAUUACAUUUACUAUUUUGGUACAUAAUAUGUUUGAUUCUGCGUUUGGUUUACUAAUAGCUUGACAACUAACUACUCAAUUUCUUCUUAUUUAUUUACCAAUUUUGUUUUAUUUUAAGUAUUUACUUACCUACAAUAUCUACAUAUUAUAUGCAUGCAGAUACUUCUGCUGAAACAAUUUCAACACAUCAUGGAUAUUUAGUUGUUAAUAGAUAUAAUUUUGGUUAAACUAUGCCCAAUUACACUGAUUACAGUUAGGAUAUCUCAGAGGUUAUCUGUAAGUUAUCAAUGUGUAUUUGUAUACUAAAAUAAACAGUUUAAAUUGGGAUCCAAAUUUCUACUCAUUUAAUCUAUAAACAAAUAAAUAUUUAUAUUUACAGGCAUUUUCACAUUUAAAUUAAGAAUUAAAGCAAUUGUUUUCAUUUUUCAACAGAAGUAGAUAAUAGUACUUACCCAGGUAUUCAUUCUAAUAAAUACUAUUUAAAAAAAUAUAAUUAAGAAUGAAUGAGUGUUAAGAGUAUUAAAUUUUAAUAGACCAUAAUAUAUCAGAUAGUAAUUUUAUUAUUUAAUUUAAGUAAGUACUCCAUUAAUAUAAUAAUUCUUUUUUAUCUUAAAGUGCUGUGAUAUUUUAUAAAUUCAUAAUACUUUAUAGUUUACUAAUAUGUAUCUAUUAUUUAAUUUGUCAGUUAAUUAGAAUCGGUACCCACUUAAUUGUAUUAUUAUUUAAUUUGUAAUCGCCAAGAAAAACCAUACAAAUGUAUUAAAUACUUAUAUUUUUAUAGUUCUUUAAAUAGUUUAAAUCUUUUUAUAGUUUUUUAAAUUUUAACUUUUCAAUUCAUAUCUAUUUGGUUGGUACUGUCUUUAAAUCUUCAAUUAAAAACUAUAUCUAGUCAUCCAACCGAAAAAUAGCCCAAUAGUCUAUCGUUCAAUCGAAACCUAAAGUUAAUGAACAAAAGUUUCGAAAUCGUAUAUUAGUUUGAUAGAUGAUAAUAUUUAUGAAUGUGUAAAUACUAGUGUUAAAAGUAUGUUUAGAAUAACAGAAGAUUUUAGGGCUGUAACUGGUAUUAAACAUAGUUCGUCUUUGAAUCUUGACCUGUUUUCUGUUAUAAUGGAUGAAGUUACGAAGACAAUUCAAGAGGUACCAAGAGAAAAUUUAGAAGAAGUUCACAAUAUGCUUGAGAAAUGGAGAGUAGUACUUGAAGGAAAAAGACUAAGGAUAAAUAGAAGUAAAACAGAGUGAAUAGAGUAUGAAUUUGGAGGAAGAGGACAAUAUGAGUUUUCAGUACCAAAGGUUUUAUACACAAGAAAAGUGGCUUUGAAUAAAUAGAAUUAAAUGUGGUUAGAUUAAGUCGGAUUAAGUGGAGAGAAGCUUCAGGUGUUUUAUGUGACUAGAGAACUCCAAUCAGAUUUGAUGCUAAUUUUAUGUGUAAUAUAUUUUUUUUUCUACCACCUGCAUUAAAGGUGAAGCUAACCAAAAAUUGUCUUAAUUAUUUGAAAUAAACAAAUUUAAAUUUAUAAUUUUGAUAUAUUGAACAAAUAUUUAAUUAUAUCUAGGCACCUACUCAAUGUGAGUAUAUUAAUAUAUUAAUACGAGUGUUAAAUAAUUAUUAUAUUUAUUUACUUAAGAAGGUAGUAAAUUUAGAAUUACUUAUUUAUUGCAGACAGUUAGUGUAGGUAGGUAUGUGUAUUAUGUACUAUGCGUGUAAAUAUUUACUACGAUGAUAAGUAUGCAAUUUUAAUUUGUAAGUUGUACCCAUACAUAAUACAAUUAUUAUAAUUUAUCCUUAUGCGUGUUUUGCAUCUAAAAUUGCUGAUUUGACGAAAAUUAUUAGCAGGUUUAUUUGUUUAUUUAACAAGAUAAGAAAAUGUAUUAUACAUAUACAUUUUUAAAUUUAUUAUACAGUGUUUUAUUUCGAUAAACAAACAAACAAACUAUAUUAUUAUCGUGCAAAUUUUGAUAAGGUAGUACAUAAAAUACUGUGCUAAAUAUAAAAGUAGGUAGUUUAAAAUAUUAGGUAGGUAUUGUUAUAAUCAAGGGGGAUUAAUUUUGUGAUUAUUUUUCCGGUCUUUGAACAACUUUUUUACAACUAGACUUCUUGCUUUGAUCAACUUCAGGGUGGUUUCUGGUUGCUCAUUUCGUCUAAUUGUUGCAUUGAGGUCAUUUUUUGAUUUUAUUUUUAGUAAUCUUAAUAAUUAGUUGGGCGGGAGGGAAACGUCAGAAAAUGUUAACAAUAAUAGUUUCUGUUAGUUUCGUUUUAUUAGAGAAAUUUGAAGAGGGGGCUAUUAAUGAAUAUUGACUCCCCACGGAGUUAAAUAUCGUGGAGUCAAUAAUAAUUACUACCUUGGCUCUGAACUUUAUAAUCCCUGUUUAUCAGCUGCAAUCAAUUUAUUAUCACAUAAAGGGAACCUCACACAUUUAUAUGAUGAUAAAAUAACAUUGGCUGUACACAGAUAUCAGGUAGGUAGGUUUUUGAGUGACUUAUUUGAAGUUAAAAAUCGAAAGAUAAUGACUUUAAAAGAUAAAAGACUUUUGAGGGCGCAUUUUCGAGGAUCUUCAAUAACUUUAGCAAGAUCUAAUAUUCAAUGAAUAAAAAUCUACACUUCUUCGUCUUUUUUAAGUAUCUAUCAUUAUUAUAAUUUCGAAAAUCGGCCAACGUGUACCUAACUUAUACUGUCCUCGGAAAUAUUACAGUUUUUGGUUUUUUUUUUUUUAAUGACGUUACAUUAAACACUAAAUUCACUUGUAAACCUAUACGAGACCUCUUGACCGAUUUUAAUAAAUAAUAUUCGGACGUUUACCGUCUAAAUUGUAUUAUUAAAUUCGGAAUAUACAGGAAAUAGAGUAUUAUUUUCGAAUAACAAACACGGGGAAUGAAUAAAGGUCGUUAAGCUUUUGUAUGUGUUGUUUGAUUGCGCCCACGUAUUCGGUUGUAUGCGACAAUAUGUUAGCGCACGAUGAGUCCACUAUUUUAAUUUUCUAGUUUUUAUUUUUGUUAUUACGUAAUAUUAAUACAAAAAUAAAACAAAAUUUACCAUGUUUUAUUAUUAUUUAUCUACUUUUCUUAUCUAUAUUCGAUGUUUAUUUCAUCGUCGCUGAUGGUUUGAUUUAUUGAUACUCAAUCAUAAUAUUGAUGAAAAUAUACAAUACCUAUGUAUAAAAAUAAAUGUGCAAGCGAGUAUGGCGAGUGAAUAAAUAAAACCAUAUAAAUAUUUAAUGUAAUAAUAUUGUUUGAUUAGUUUUGAGAGACGUUUUAAAACUAGACAAAAAAAAAAAAAAUACGAUUUCAAUUUCCGUAUUUAUGGCCUUCGUAUAUUCGCGUGUCCACCUAUAAUACCAGGAACAAUUUUUUACAUUUACGAUUUAAUUAUUAAUUUAGAAUUUUACUCUUAUAUAAUAUGUAACUCGUGAAUAUUGUUAGUUAUGUAUAUUUAAGUAUAUGGUGGGUCAGUGACGGUCAAAUUAUUUUGUCAUAUAAGAUUAAUUUUGAUCAAAUAUUAUCAUUUAUAUAUAUUUAUAACUAUAAAUAUGUAAUAUAUGUUAUCAUGAAAAUUUCAGAAAAAUUAUGUAAAGGAAGGGUGGUAUACUCUCAUAAUCCCUCCUAGUUUUACCGACCUUGGUAUAGGUACAUGCUGUAUAUUAUGUAUUAAAACAUUUCAAAUAAUAUUAUAGGCACAUAAGUCACAAAUGGUUUCUAGAUCGAAUAACUGUAAGCGAGUAUAUUUAGUAAGUGUAUAGGUAGAUAGGUAGAAAAAGAAUCGCGAAGGAAAUUAUUACUAUCGUGUAUGUGUCGUAGGUUAUUGACCGUACGUGUAGAAAAAAAAAAAAACUAUUUAUGACUUUAUACGAGACUUUGACAUUACCGUUUUUAUCAGACUAUAGUCUGUGUAUUUUUGUCAUUGGCUUAUGUACGUACGUACCUACACGUGUAGUCGAUUAAAAAAGAAAAGAAAGAAAACCAUCGCGAGAGGAUAAAAUAUUUUACAAUAAAAUUAUUAUGCGCAAACCAAAGGUUGUCGCUUGUGCUAUUGUUACACAUCGUAUGAAUAUUUUAACAUAUUUUUAAACACGAACGAAAUGUGCAAUUUAUAUUGUAUAUACUUACGAACAAGUAUACUAUGGUAAUAUUUUAAUCACAGAUCAAAAGUUUAAAGGAUUCGAUAUUAAUAUUAUUAUACUCGUGUUGAUGCGCCCUUAAAAGGGCGUGAUGUCCACUACCCGCGUUUACAUUUAAUUGUGAUGUUUCUACUCAUAUCUCGCUUAAAUUUAAAACACCGAAAUAUACCGAUGGGGGACAAAGGUAAUGUUCUUACCUUUGGUAAGAAGGUUGGUAAUAGAUCAUUCCACUUUAAUAUUAAAAUUAAUGGCACGAAAUUAACCCUACUGAACGCAAAUGUGCUAUGUCGCGCGUUUAUAUAAGAUAAAAUACGGUAGCACACCUAAAUAAUGUCUUCGUCUUAAAAACGGUUCGGGUGUGGCGUUCUCUUCGCAUUUUACGUGAGAUUCCCGAGGAACACCAAAUAAAACAAGGAAAUCAUGAGAUAACUGAAAUUAAAUUAUUACAACUUGAGGUCGAUUAGUGAAGCAUGAAAAUAGCCAUUCGAGGAAAUAAUCGCCUAUUCCGAACGAUUUCAAUUUAAUAUUUAGGUAUAUGGUUAACAUUUCCAAAGGCAUUUUGAAGAAGGAAUAUCGAUUCCGACAAAAUAAACUUUUUACCCGUAAGAAAUACACUGAUUGCGCCGACUAUUGACUCCGCCGAACUUUUUUAACAUGUUGAUUUCGCCAACUGUUUAUAAAAUAAUAAUCGAUUAAUAUACAAUAUAAUAUACCAUAUACAUCAGCACAUUUGUACCUUCUGAAAUUAUUUGGAGCAGAACAAUUAUAAAUUUGUAGAACAGAAUAGAAUAUUAUUUACCCAGUCGAAUUUAGUAUAGAAAACUUUCGUUUUCAAUAGUUUCAAUUUUUCCGAUGACUUCAGAAAAAUAUUUUUGUUAUGUAAAUCGACGAAACUGCAGGUAUAAAUAUUGACGCGAGUUCCUAUUUACGAGUACCAACUCUUAAAUAAUUUAAAUUGUUAUAUUAUUAUUAAUUAACUGAUAAUAAUAACAUAAUUAUAGCGUACAAUAGUAUAUGACAAAAAACCAUAUUGUAUUAUAAUAUAAAAUAAUAUAAAUAUAAUAAAUGUAAAUUUUAUGUAAUUAUAAGAUUAUAAUACUUAUACUUGUAGAUUAAUCUAUAUAUUUUUUUAAAAUUGUUAUUCUUAAUCAAAUGUUUCUACUUAUAUUAACUGUAUGUUAUAAACGUAUUCAAUGGAAUCAUCAUGUAAAAUAGUUUGGCGGAAUUGAUAUUAAAACGGUGGAAUCGAUAAAACUCCAUAUUGAAAGUUAGUGUAAAUAUAGUCUAUACCUGAUUACCUUGUUCCAGAGCAUUAUUGAUUUGGUAGUAUUGGUAACAUAUUAGUAGACAUAUUAUAUAUAGUGUUUCGCCAAAAAGACAUACUGUGCGGAGGGAUUAAAAAAUUAAGCUUAAAUGCUUAGUAAAUUAAAACAAAUUCUUACACCUACCUAUAAUUCAAAUCGUAUAUUCAUUUUUCACCGGAAUUUUAAAUUAUGAUUAUUAAACAUUUAUCGGUUAUUAUAUUAGGUGACAUUAUGUGUACAGGUAUUGUGAAAAAAUGAUUAUUUUAUGUUACUUGCGCAUGACAUUUAUUGAGUUUUAUAAAUACUCCUUUAUAAUACUUGCAUACUUUUGUACGUGUUUAAUUUUGGACGAUUAAUCGCGAUGUCAAUUAAAAAACGCGUAGUGUGUAUUGUAUUUUAUACUACAAUAGUCGAUAAAUGUUGUUUACAAUGUACAACUUUCGAAGAAUUUUCGGAGGGAGGGGGGUUGAAGCCCUCCUCCUGUAUACGUCCCUGUAUGUAAGUACUGAGUAUAAUAUAUUUGAGAGCCGUGAUGAUGAUGUGGUUCAGGUUUUGAACAGCGUACAUUUAUAGGUAUUUGGAUCUUAUUGUAUACCUACUUUCAUAGAAAAAAACAACGAUAUAAUUAUAGGUAUCUACUGUAAAAACACAAUUACAAAGUUAUUUAUAAAAAAAAUUAGUUCACAGUAACAAAACAAAAAACUGUUUUAUUGGAAAGAUUCCAAACGAGAUUAUGUUGAUGAUAAUAAUUUAUUAUUAUACACGCGGAUAAUAUUCGUUAUUUUAUUAUAGUUUUUAAUUUAAUUAUCGUGGAUAAAAUGUAUUUAUUUUUAUGUAGGCACCUAUCUAACAAAAUCCAAUUGGCUAACGUAUACAUUUUUGUACGUUUCUACCAAUGUUGUCAUAAUUUUCUAUACAAUUCGCGUUUUGUAGAUAUGAUAUUUCUAGGAGUCUAAUUUGCACCAAAAUCAUGGUAUGUUAUUUGCACCAUAUACGGGUAGUAGAAAAUAUAUUUCGAAGCAAAGUUCUGUUAAAUAUGGUUCUAAAUGCCGUGAUAUUUACAAAUAUUUUCAUAAAAAUUAAAACUUAAAAAAUGCUUGUAAAAAUAAUAAAGCUUAAAAAGAAUAGACAAUUUUAAAUGGCUUUAGGUAGCUCAAAAAUCGAUAAUAUGCUUUAUGGAUGUAAGUAUUCGUUGAAAAUGUCAAGUCUUUACGAUUAUUUAUAACUGACAUGCAAAAAAAAAAAAAAAAAAUCGUAAAUUACAGAAACCCUUAUUGCGAAAUUGUUCAGUUUUUAAACGUUUUGUCUCGGGUUUUCCUAAUUAUUAAGAAAACUACAAGAGAAAUUAAAAAAUUACAUGUUCAAUCCACCAACUAGACAAAUUUUUCUAUCAGAAACCGUCCCUGAAGUUUUUCAGUUUAAGAUUCCUGAUAUAAAUAUUGUUAAGAACGAGAAAAAGCACACCUCGUACGCUCAGAAAGUAAACUUCUUAUGAUAUUCCAGUUUAAAUUAUACAUGUAAUAUUAUAAUACGUUGUACCGCGGCGGCUGGUUCAAUUUAUUUUAAUAGAACCAAUAAUUGAAACAUAAAUACUUCUUUUAUAUGUAUACACAGCUAUGGUGUCAAUAAAAAAUAAAUAAAAAAACGGUCCGGCUAACUAAACGAAGGUUAUAAUAACCUACACACAUUUUUUAUUUUAUUUUUUUUUUUUUUGCCAGCAUAACAAAUACAAUAAUGUAAUACGAAUAUAUUGUUAUUCCUAACAAUUCAUAUUAUUAUACCUAUAUUUUGUUAAAGUCUUCCGACCUUUGGCACUCCUGCGGUCACAUUUGUUAUUCGUACUUAUAUAUAUAUAUAUAUAUAUAUAUUUAUACAGAGUGAAUCUUUUAUAAUAACGAUGUUUGUCUAAAAAUCAUGACACUUUUAAUUUUUAACAUUAAAAACCAAACAUACUACGCACUAUGGGUAGGCCACUAUUGUAGAUGUAUAGUUGGCAAGGUAUAGGAUUUACGUAGAUCGCAAUUUAGUUUAUAAUAUACUCAGAAUGCAACGAUAAAUCAUUGCAUAUGAAAAACGAUCCUGAGCGUAGUAGUCUUGGUUUUUUCAUUUGUGGAUAAGGUAUAACCCAAAAAUCAACAUAAAAAAAACGAAUCUAACGGGUGAACUAUUGAAACCUUCGAUAAAUAUUUUAAACAAAUUUCGGAAAUUGUGCAGGACAAAAUCGGAUUAUUUUUACUAACCAAAAGAGUGUUUUCUGAGAAAAACCAUAUAUUUUUAAAACUGAUAGAUAGCUUCUUCACUAUUAUUAAAAUUUAAUAUUUAUACCGAACGAAUUAAGUAGGAAUUAAGGUUAUCUAAACACAGGUAUGAAAUUUGUUACAUUUUCUUCUACCUCUAAAUUUUAAACAUUUAAAUAGUUGAUAUUAAGUACUCAUGGUUUAAUUCGAAGUAUUAUAUACUGAAUUUGUGUACAUUUUUAGAAAAUAUCGCAAAGAAUGUAUAUGUGUAAACGAUUUGUCUAUACAACGAAGAAUGAAAAAAAUCAACAAACAUUUGAAAUUUACACAAAAUAUUCGUACCUAUUGUCUAUUGAUACAAAUUUAAUCACUCUGUAUGUAUCUAUUUCUGAUCAAAUACCACACGGGGUUCCAUUUACACUUUUCUUUACGCUGCAUAUUCAAUUAUUAUUAUGACGUUUUGAUAUUAUACGUUCAAUAUAAUAUAUUAUGGUAGCUUUCCCCAUAAAAAUUGUUACGUCCAUUAAAAAUAAACUAUAUUAAGUUUUGCAUUAUUAAUACAUUAUACGUUCGCGAACUGGUUAAAAAAACAAUAGUAAAAAAAUCGACAAUAAUAUUAAUAAUCGGCCUUAUUGUUUCGAUUCGUUAAGACUAAAAAAAAAUAUUUAAGUAUGUGCACACAUACCUGCAUGUAGUAUUACCCGACCUUAUUUUAAUGUAUACAAUUCCUUUAUUGCAAAUUUUCAAAAAUGUCGUCCCCUCUUUCUUUACUUGCCAAGAAUAAUAGAUAACUUUUAGAUUCGGAGUGUGGUUAGGGAUAUAUUAUUUUUACUAUGAUGUGUGUUUUUUUUCCUGUCUAUAAAUAACUUUUCGAAAAUAAAUCUUGCUUCUAUGUGUAGAGGCUAUAGAGUAUGGUACCUUUUCUGAAAGAAAAUUCUUUCUAGUAUUGAUUACGUGCCACGGCCUUACCGAUUUCAUUGUUUUUAAUUUUUGCAACUCAUGUUUUUUACCAGAGAUAUUGAAAAAUUGAAAAAUGACAAUAAAAUCUCUUAAGUUUGUUCCUUUUAAUAUAUAGCCACAUGACAGAGAAAGUCGGUUUUUGGUAUCUGAAGCAGUUUUCAUAAUAAUUGGAAAAAACCAACGGUGUUACGAUUUCAUUAUUUUAAAUUUUUAAGCUUUACAUUUUCUACUGGAAAUAUUCUCUAACUGAACACAUCAAGAGAUUUUUUUUUUGUUGAAUUUUUUAAUUUAGUUGGUGACCAAGAAAGUCUUUUUUUAAUUUUUUCUGUAGUUGAGUAAAACCGCAAAUUACGUAGGAAGAAUGGGAAAAUUUACGAAAAUAAUUUUUAUAAUGUUUUAAAUUUACUUUUUUUUUGUGUAAUUUUGUUAAAAUAUUCAUGAAGACUUAAAAUUUUGAAAUGAGACGAAAAAUUUAUAUUUGAUUUUUCUAGACUUAGUAAAAUGUUCAAAACAUUUGAGUAAUUUUUGAAUUAUUUUAAGAUAUUUUAAUUUUGCGCGUUUUUACUUAAUUUUUAUUUGGUAGGUAUUCUGUGGAUAAAACUAAACAGAAAUGCAUAAUACCUUUGACAGGAGGUUCAUUUUAAGUCAUACUUAGUGGUAAAAAAAACAUUUGACCUAACCUGCCGAUUUAAGAACGGCUGUGAAAUCAGAAUUGAACGGACUGACUUAGUUUCGAAAUUAUAGCUUAUUGAAUUUCUAAUAUGCGGAUAUUAUAUGUUAUGUUAAAUAAUUCUAUAUUGUUAAUUUUAUAUUGUGUCUGUCGUAGUCUAAUAGUGCUACCUACUUAUUGUCAUCCUAAAGAUCGCGAGUUCAAAGAGACCCGUGUUUCCUUUUAUUAAACAGGGAAAAAAAGGCAUUUUAGGUGUUUCUAGAGCCCAAGCCAUCGAUAGAGAUUGCUAGCUCGGACUAUUUUAAUCAAAAAAUACUCCUCGAUUUGUUGUAUAAACUUUUCUAUCAGAAAUUUUGCCCCGAUGUAUCAAGUGUAGGAUCUUUUCUAAAAGAACAUUUUGUCUACAUGGUACUUUAAGCGGGUCAUUUUUUUAUUUUCCCAGGAUUAAGUGGCACGUACUUUUUUUUUUUAAAGUUUUGAAAUUAAAUUUUGACAAAAAUUGUAAAUAUUACAGCUUUUAAAAACAUGUGUAACUGAAUUUUGUUCCGAAUCGUUUAUCGUUGGUCACAGGUAUAAAUUAAAUAUCUUUAUCUAUCUCAUCUUCUCAAUUACCCACCUACAACAGAGGCUACACCCAUCCCUAGUAUCAGUACUUUUAUUUUUUUAACUUGUACAACGCGAUUAAAGAUAAAAAAAAAAAAUUUCCAUAAAAGCUAUUCUAAUAUAAAAUAGCUACAUAUAGAGUAACAAACCGUAGAGCUGGCCAGUCUUUUCUGGUGCGCCCUGUAUAUAUAAUGUAAUUUAGUUAGUAUAAUAAAAGCAAUAGUAAAUUUUUACAAUCAAAAACCAAUUCUAAGUGAAGUAAACUAGACAAUUUUUAUUAUUGUCGCGUUUUUGUCAUAAAUUGUACCUACAAAAAUAUAAGCUCUAUAUUGCGUAUGUAAUUGUUAUCAGUUUGUUUUUGAUUUGAACAAUUUAGAGCAUUUUACGUAAUUUGAUUGAAAAAAAAAAAACAGACCAACUAUAGAAAAAAUAUUGCAAAUUUACAAAUUCUUUAACUGAUUUGAUAUUUAAAAUUACGAUUAUUGAAGUAUAAAUGUGUUUUUAAUUUUAGUUACAUAAUUAUUAAUGAUUUAUGUUACUGUUUGAUUUGUCAUUUUAGUUGGUAUUUAAUUGUUUUAUAUUUCUGAUUUUUUUUUUAAAGAGGAAUUUGUUAAAUAAAUUAUGCGAUGGUUUUUUUUUCAUGCAUGUUUCGCAAUAAUUUAUUUAAUUUAAUGAAAAAAAAACUAUUUUUUUUUGAACAUAUAAAACGAAACUGAUCCUAAUUAUCAACUUUAUACAAAUAAUUAACUUGGUGCGUCGGUUUUUCCACUAAUACAGUAAAACUACUGUUAACGGCCUCCUCUAAAAGACAGUCUCCUCUGUGAAACUGUCAUUUUUUUGGUUCUGUCAAGUGUUAUGCUUCUAUAAGAAAUCUUUAAAGGACGGUCACCUCUAAAUAACUGUCAUUAUUUCCGGUCCCUUCGGUUACCGUUACAUGGAAGUUUUACAGUACAACUUUAAUUAUUCGUUUGUUUACGAUAUAUAUAUAUAUAUAUAUAUAUAUUUAUAUAUAUACUUAUAUAGUAUAUAGGUAACCUAUAGUGGCUAGUUAUUAUAAUUUCCAUUGUUUAUCUAUAUACGAGUACUAAUGCGAUUUGUCGAAUAUUAGGUACCUAUACUUAUGUUUGAAUGUAUAGGCAAUUAAUGAUUUUUCGUUUGUUUGGCUAGUUAAAUUCUUUGCAAUUGUAAAAAUACUAUUAAAAUAAUUCCAGUGGCGUCCGCAGAAGAGAUAUAUUCCCUCCCGUCGGCUUCAAAAAAAAUUAUUAUAAAUAUUUAUUUAUUAACUUAAUCUUGAAUAUAAAUAUAAUUGAUGUAUUAAUAUUUCAAUCGAGUCACGAGGAAAAGCUAUUGAAUUACAAUCUUUGUUGGAUUAUGUGGUGAGAUCAAAUUCAAUUUCUAGUGAACAAUUUCCUAAAUUUGAACCCUCAAGGAAAGAAGCGCCUAUGGCCCUAUAGGGGAUCUAAAUAGUGGUAGCUGAACAAACCUGAGAAUGCUCGGUAAUAAGAAACUAUACAAGGAAUUAGCAUUAUUAAGAAACAAAUGAAACGAAGUGGUGUGUGAUGCAGUGCUAGAUAGAGUUGAAAAGAGAAAAACAAAAACAACAAUAAUUUUGCCUUUUUUUUUUUAGAUCUAGAUUUUAAAUAAGUACCAUCGUUAUCUAAUUAGGUAUUGUUUAUAGAGCAGGUUUUACUAUUUGUUUGUGAUCAUUUUAUUAUUGUUUACUACAUCCCGCCCUGUUCAACAUUCCUGGUCACAUUAUAUCUUUAUUUUAUAUUAUGCGGAUCGUCUCUAGUUUUAUCAUAUUUAUUUGUAUUUUGUAUUGUUUACAGACGCUCGGUAUAAUGAAUAUCAGUUAUCUAUGGAAAAGAUGAGGUAUGCAGAUAUGCCUAGAGAUGUAUCCAUUGACAAUUUUCCUUCGCUCAAUGUAUCCGAGGUAAUGUUUUUAUUAAUAAUAUUUUGUAUUAUUAUGAUGUAUUAUUUCGUUUAAUUUAUUUAUCCACGUUUAAUACGAAUUGGUAGUUUAUUCUCUUUUAUAAUGUAUAAUUCAACGGUCGUACGUAUUUUAUCCUUGGAUGUCAAAUUGUAGAAACAUUUUUUUAUUUCGUUUUUACGAAAAAAAAAUUGAGACAAAUUAUGAAGUAGGUACCUAUAUAUAUUUUAAUUGACGUAUUGAUAGUGAAGGAUUUGUUGAAUAUACUUUGAUUUUUUAUUCAGCAACUCUUAUGUCAAAGUGUGGGUUCACGAGUGCCUAUGUAUAGAAUUUCUUUUCACUACAUAAUUCAUAAUAUAUUCAAUAUCCAAGGAUUUCACAAAACUGAAAAAAAAAAUUAUAUGUUAGCAAUAUUUUUUCUUUUGUUAUUUAAUAUUACGCGUGAUUUUUACGUGCGUAUUAAAUGAAAACGUACUUAUAAUAUCUUUUAUAUUAUAAGUUUGAUUUUGUAUUAAUACAAAUUAUAUAAUUAAUUCCUAUAUUUUUAAAAUGUCUAACUCGGAACUGUAAAUAGGUAUAAUUAAUCUAUAUUUCAACUGUAUAAUAUUGUACUCGUAACUUGUAAAUUAAGAAUAUUUGCAAAUAUUUUAUUUGUGUUUUUAAUCAUAAGUUGGAUACACUCAUAUUAAGUAUUAAAUAUAUUUGAAUUUUUUUUUGGAUGCCUAAAAUAAACUUUGUUUUACACUUAUUAAAUAAUUAAAAUAUUUUUAUAUCAUUUUAUUUCGAGCAUGCGCAAAAUAAUUUUCUUUUUUUAAUGACAACUCCCAUUUUGGGUAUUUAUUUUUGCUCUUAUUUUUUAUAAAUUUUAAUGGCCAAACAAAUUUCCCGUGUUAAAAAAUAACCAAGUUAUGGAUAUUUAAAUGUUUGGUAUUAGUUGUAAUUGUAUAGUUGUAAGAGACAAAUAUUAUAAAAAAAAAAAAAGUAAGUUUCGGUAGUGAAAGAUAAUUUUCCUUCCCCAAAGUAGGUACUAAAAAUAGUACGAUAUCAUAAUGAGGUAUAAAAAGGAAUAGUUUAAAUCAUCAAUCUAAAUUGAUGAAGAACUCAAAAAUGUCAAAAAAUAAUAUCAAACAUUUAAAUAUCCAUAACUUAGCCAUUUUUUAACAUAGGCAGUUGGUUUUAUCAUUAAAAUUCAUAAAAAAUAAGAGUAAAUAUAAUUACCAAAAAAAAAAAAAAAAAAAAGCGGGGAAAGAACUGCUAUUUAAAAAUAAAAAGUUAUUAUUAUGUACAUGCGUGAAAUUAAAUGGCAUAAAAAUAAUUUAAUUAGUUUUAUAAAUGUAUAAUAAAGUUUUUUAGGUACCCAAAAUCACAAAAUACAAAUAUAUUUAACACUUGCAGAUUCAUAGAGUCUUUUUAACUGACGUUUACACACUGUAUAGAUUGGAAAUACGAGUAGUAUUAUAAGAGAAUUUAUAAAUCAAGGGUUUUGGGUGGAAUGAAGUUUAAAGUGCAGGGCUUUGUGUGCAAAUUCGUGUUCAUGAUAACUACAGCAUAUUUUUACAUUAUGAUGACUUCAUAUUAGACAUGUGAUGCUAAAAUCCACCAUUAUACGGACUACAUUGUUAGUGCAGAACUCAAUUAGGAAUGUGCUUUUGAGAAGGCCGAGAAUGAGGUGUUUUGACACAUGGUAAAAAUGAACUUUCAAGCUUUAGGGAGUGUACAAAGUUGGAUCAUUUAUCGAUGAAUAUCGAGAUAGCCAGAUAAUUGGAUGAUUGCUUUUAGAAGCCGACAAAGUAAAAUAAUAACAGUAGUAUAAUAAUUUUAAGUCCAUUAUAGUUAUCAUUUUUAAAUUCUUGGUAUUGAUUUAUACAAUGUUCAUUCACGACUCUACCUACAUGAUUAGUGAUUUAAACUAAUAUACAUUAGCCUUCUAUUUAACAAUUCCUAUAAUUUGUGUGUUUAAUUUAGAUACAUAAUAAUUUAGUUGCAGUAUGUCAUUCCUAAAUUAACAUUUAAAUUUACUAUAAUGAUUGAACUUUAAAUUCUGUUGAAGUGAUCUAAAUUUACAAUUCGUUAUCGACGAUAACACCGUUUCCGAAAAAACAAUUAUUACUGUUUCAGUGUCAUUAUAAAAAAAUGGAAUUUUAAUUUUUUCUUAAAAUUUCGAUUGAAUCUCAACUAUGCGCACCGUUUAUAAUAUAUUCGUAUCAAUUUAACUCGUAUUAUAUAGAUAUUAUAAUCGAAAACCAGUCAUAAAGAGAAAACGUAUACAAGUACUAAUAUUAUAAUAUCAGGUUUCUUACAAAAUCUAUACCACGGUUAUCCAACCGUGAUCUAUAUAUUCCUAAAUAAUAUCUAACCCGGCUGAUAAUAAAAAUAAUUAGGUACCUACAUAACUACAGUGCAGUCUUUACGAGCCGCGCAACAGUAUUUCAAAAUUGUUUUAACAGUAAUAGUUAUUAUAUUCAAAUCUUCACGACGAAAACAAACGGAAUCUACAUAAGGUACUAGCUGUCCUGCGCCCGGCGUUUCCCGUGCCAAUUUUUUAUUCUAUUUACCUUUAUUCCCGUAUUGCUUAAUAAUUUAAUAUGCAUAUUGUAUAUGCAUUUUGUAUACAUUAUUGUAAAUAAAUAGGCGUACCUAUGCGAGUACAUUAAAUAUUAAUUAUUAAUCCAUCUUAUGAUCUGAUUACAAUUUUAUAUGGAUUUUCAAAUUUAUUACUUUCUCAGUGCGCAUGCGCAAUAAAACUUGCAUUUUUUUAAAACGGAAACACCUAUUUCCAACACUUGAUUUAGAUAAACCAUUUUUUUUAAGCAACUUACAUACUUAAACUUUUCCCUUAUCUCGAAUAUUGGCCGAAAUACAGCUGGUUAAAGUUGAAACAAUAUUAUUUUGUAUUAAACAAUUUAUUACAAAAAAUAUUCAUCAGUCAUCAUUAAAAAUCAAAACCAAUCAUUAAAAACCAUAUCCAAUUUUUCACUAUGGCUAGCUAUUUUUGUAUAAUAUGAAUCUCAAUGAAACACAAAAGUGAAUGUUCCGAUCCAAUUAAAAUUCUCGGUUUGAAUGAUCGAAUCGUUGUUAUAAAUUUUAUUACGUUCAGUGGAAUAAAAUAAUAACUAAUAAUAUCUAUAUAAUAUCUGCCUAUGGUAAAAAUUGUAUCCAUUAGUCAACCGAUAAAGCUCAUUUAUUGAUAAACCCAUAAAUGUUUACAAUAAAAUAUGUAGGUAUUUCAAUAGGUACUCGGUAUUUCUGAGUAAAUUUACCAACAAAUGUGUAUCACGAGUGUAAAGUAUUACAAAUAAACUUUUAAAAAUAUGAAAUUAUGACAGUUAAACCUACUAGUGCAAAUAAAGUGUACAUAACUAUAUUGAAAUUUAAAAAUCAUAGGAUAAUUUGUUGAAAAAUUCAAUAAUUUAAAUUGAAAAUUUGACUAGCUGUAAUUCGACAAAUUUUCGAGAGGAGGGAAUAGUUUUUAUUUUAAACAAGUUGUUUAAAAAAAAAAAAAUCCAAAUCAAGCGUUGGAUACAGGUGUUUCCAUUUAAAAAAAUGCUAGUUUUAUUGCGCAUGCGCACAUAGAAAGAGUAAUAAAUUUGAAAAUCCAUACAAAAUGUGUAUUUCAGUAUUUCCUAUCUUCCCUUGAAAACCCCAUUUCAAUCAGAGGUGGACAGAAAUAUUUCGUGUUACGAUUUGAGUGAAACACACUAGUUAGUAUAGUAUAUACAGUAUAGUUGUAUAGUGAAGGUCGAACCCCUCUUUCAUAAUAAACCCCUUGUAUAUCUAUGAAUGCAAACCUCGAUCUAUUCUGGUUGUUUAAAAUUGUUAAUUUUAAUAUUUUAUAAUUUUCAAAAAAGUUUGAUUGUGGAAACAUUCUUGUGUUUAUAAAUGGGUUACAAUCAUUAAAAAAUACCGUAGCGGUAAUUAUAAUUUUAUCGUUUUUUUUAUUAGUCGAAACUCGUAUAAUCGGUAUGAUUUUUAUUUUGUUUUUUAUUCUCGUACGCCUUUGUCAUCUAUUAUAGUUUAAUAAUAUGUUGAUUAAUCACAUUAAAUUAGGCACACGAACUAUGUUAAUAUAAAUAUUUGUAUAUACCGGGUAAAUAAGGGCACCUACAGAGAUAAAUGCAGUGAGGAAGUUAUCAAUUUCCACAAGAAAUCAAAUAAAUUACCUAUACUAGUUUUAUGUACCUAAUUUAAAAUAAUAUUGCAAUAAAUUUUGUACCUACACAUAAGCUAUUACGAACUGUAGAAUAUAAACCAUUAUUAUUAUUUAAAUUUAUUGCAUUUUAAACGAAAAUUGUAAUUUUCAAUAGUGUUUUCUAAAUCCUAGGGUGUAGUUGUUCCUCGCUCUGCACUAAGUAGUUGCAUAGGAAAUUGUUAAACCCUGCGGAUACAUUGUAUUAUUAUGUAUAAUUUUUUUUCAUUGUGAAAUUAUUAUUUAUAUAGACAAUUUAUUUGUUUUUAAAAUUCCAUAUAGGUAUUGUACUAAACGCCGUUAUUUGCGGCGGCGUUCGACGGUUAAUUACAGAAGAAUCCGUCCUGCAAUUAUAAUAUUAUAUAUGUAUCAUCCAAACAACUGAUACCAUCAUAAUAUUAAUAUAAUAUUGGCCUUACGCUUGCUCCUCUGCUCCUAUACAUAUUUGAUAAUUUGUGUUAUUAUUAUGGUUAUCUGACAAAAAUAAUUUUAAUAUUUGUUCUGUGAUCAACGCGUGUUUUAAGUAAUAAUUUCUGUCUUAUACGUCUUUUUAUUAUCUAUAAAAUGUUACGUACGCUUUGCAAAGCAUUAGUAAAAAUAGUGCAUUCGGUCGGUGUAGUACACUUUAGUUUUCGGUUCAUCUAUAAUAAUAAUAAUAAUUUAGUCGUACUAUAAUUCAUUUAUUUCGUAUCCGGUCAUCUAAAAUAUCAUUGAAAAAGAUUUUGAUUUUCUUUUUUUUUUCUCUUUAGUAAUAAUAUUCUCGUCAAAUGUCGUUGAGUCGAAAGUUUUAUUGUCUGUUGAAUUUCCCGUAUAGUAUUUUUAUAUAUUUAAACAAAACUAUACAAAUGUUUUGUUGUAUGCAGAAAGUGAAGUCUAAGGCGUACGACGAUGAAGACACGCUAGAGCACUUGGUUUCUAGUACAGAGUAUAGAAAAUUGACCACGUACAACUCUUUGAAAAAACAUCCGUCGAAUCUAUCAACUCCGUCGUACGAACAAAAACACAGAAGACGUCUUUCGGAAACAUUAACAUGGUGAGUAAAAUUAAAAAAAAACUAAUAGUUUUCUUACUUCGCUUAUAAUCCAAAAUAUACUUCUUGGUAUGUCCUGCAGGAUUAUUACAAAUAGAUUAUUAUUAUGUUGAUUUUGAUUUGCUAGUUAUGUAGCUAUUCGAAUUCUUAAUUUUUAAAGUAUUUUUGUCUGAUGAGGUAUAUUAUUCAGCUUUAUGUGCGGUGUGGCUUUUUGGAGUUUGUCAUAUUACACGAACUCAAUUUAUUGUAUAUGGUCCCUGUUGAAUAGCCCUGCUCUCGUAUCCUCUCGUUUAACUUUUUGUGGCUUAUAAUCAUGUCAGAUAGAAGGACUUGGACUGAAGCGAUGUGAAGUGAAUUGGUUGUAUAUUUUCGGGUCUUCAUUAAGAGUCGAAAUGUCUGUUUAACCACAUAUAAGGUUCUGAAUACCUCCCGGAAAGCAUUGAUUUCUACUUCUGUUUAUCAAUUAACGUGUACUUAGUUGUGUCUUGCAGUAUAAACUCGGAAUUUUAGUUUUACCAAAUAUUUUCAAAAUUUGAAUUGUGCUUGCACAUUUUGUUAUAUUUAUUUGUACUCUCAAGGGUAGGUUUCGGAUCAGUGCUACUAAGAUUCAUAUAUAAUCUAGGUUGUAUACACAUUUCGGAUUAAACUAUUAUUACUGUUUAAAAUAGUAGCUGUGUAGACAUUAAAACAUAUAUAAUAAUAAACUUAAUGGUACAAAAUUAAUUAAUUCUUUAACUUCCUGACUGAAUCAAAUUAUUUGUUAAUAUUAUUAUGAUAGAUAACAGAAAUAAAUCAUUUUUUUGUUCUUAUACAGAGUGUAAUUGGACUAUUAGACAUUUUUACAUGUAACUACAAUGUAAAAAUUUCAAAUAGUCUUGUUAUACCCUAUAUAAUUUAAAUGAUAAUUUUUAACAUAUUUAUGUUUUGUUUUGUUUUUUUUUUUAAGUGGUCUAGCAAGACAAUGUAAAACCCACAGUCUUCCUUGUAAUAUGACAUUAAAACAUCCAUACAGUGUUUCACCGGUCGACGAACAAGAUAUUGAUAAAACUAAAGGUGUGUUAUCUCCUGGUAUUCUCCCAGAAGAUUGGGCUGCUCAGCUAACGUUGUUGGAUUUAAAUAUAUUUAGUCAAAUAUCACCAGAAGAGUUAUCUUCGUGUGCUUGGAACAAGAAACAAAAGUUAGAAGUCGCACCAAAUGUAGUUGCAUUUACUAGGCAAUUCAAUCAUGUAAGUCAAAAAUUAUACAAAAGCUAAGUGAUAUUAUUUAUAAAUUGAAUGAAGUAAUUAAUUAAAUAAUUUUCAGGUAUCAUUUUGGGUUGUUCAGGAAAUAUUGAAAGGUGCCACACCGAAAUUGCGUGCUGAUCUAAUCACUCAAUUUAUAAAGAUCUCUAAAAAAUUAUAUGACCUUAAUAAUUUCCAUUCGCUAUUUGCUGUAAUCUCUUCUCUUCAAAGUGCUUCAGUUUAUCGGUGAGUUUUUUUUUCUUUCAUGAUACAAUUGCAUUGUUACAUUGAAUUGUUUAAUUUCAAUUAGAUUAUCGAAAUCAUGGAACAAUGUUUCAAAGAAAGAUCGACAAUCAUUCGAUAAACUAGCCAAUGUGUUCUCAGAAACCAAUAACUGGAGGAAUCUUCGGGAUCACCUUGAAACUCUACGUUUACCAUGUAUACCUUAUUUAGGUAAAUACAAUAAAAUAUGAAUAUAAAGAUUAAUAUGAAAGGACUAUACAAAUAAAAAAAAUCAUUUUUUUUAUUGUUAGAAAAUAGAGGUAGUACUAAAAAAAAAAAAAUUUUAGUGGUCUAAAAAUUGUUAUCAGACAAUUGCUUCUAUGUUUAAAUUUAAGUCGUGUUCAAUGUGUAAUGUCAUAAAAUCAUACCGUCUGAUGGACCAUAUUUAAAAUACACAUGUGGUAUUUAUUUUGCGUGAUUAAAAUAGUUAUAGAGAAAAAUUAAUUUAAGGUAUAAGUUAUUAAAAUACAUUUAUUUAUAAAAAAGUUAUACAUUUUUUUAGAUGCUCAUAUUAUUUUUAUAGUAAGUAUAAUGUAAGAACUCAAAUAAAUCUAAAAAAUAAGCCUCACAAUAAAAUGUACUUAUUCAAAUAAAGGUAUUCACAUAUUCACAUAAAAUUAAUAGGUUGUACACUAUUACCAAAACAGUUUGAUGUACAAAAAGAAUGCAAUACCAACAUCAAAAAAUAUUUAUCGAAUACUUCCGCCCUCCUUAUGAAGAACUCAAAUCAAAAAGAUAUUCAAAAUUUUCCUAAACAUACAAUAUUACUUACAAUAAUUAUUAUAAUUCAAGUAUUUAUAAUAUAUUAUGUAUUUUUGUUUGAAUUAGUGUAUUUUAUUGUAAGGUUUUUUCGAGAUUUAUUUGAGUUUUUACAUUAAAAUUAAUUAUAAUACACAUUAAUUUAAACUUUACAUAACAGAGUAUAAUAUUACCUAUUUAUGUUUGAUAUUUUAUAUUUUUUUUUAUUUCUAUAAAAUACCCUAAAACAAAUUUUAAUGCUACGUAUUAAAAAUAAUAUGAGCACCUAUAGAAAUGUAUAACCUUUAUAUAAAUGUACUUUAAUAACUUAUACCUUAAAUCUAUUUUUCUCUAUAGUUAUUUAAUUGUGCAAUAUAAAUACCACACAUUUAUUUUUGAUAAAUGCUGAAGCAAAUGUCCAACAAUAAUUUUCAGACUACCAAAAUUAUUCUUCUUAAAAAAAAAAAUUAGUUUGAAAAAUAUUAAUAUAUGUAAAAUUGUAUACAAUUAAAUAUAAAUAAUAAACAUAUUAUUUUGAUCUUAACUUAUAUAUUAUAAAUUAUUGAUUUUCUAAUAGAAAAUACUUUUUUAAGUUGGAAUUUUUGUUGAUAACAUUAAUGUACUAUGUCAAUAUAUAAUGUACAUUGUACAUAUAGAUAUCAUUGAAUGUUUUUUUUUUUUAAAUUAUUUAUAAAGUUUUGACUGUUGAAGAGUGUAAGGGAAUAUGAGAUUACAUUUUCUAUGAUCAUGUCUAGUCGAUAACAAAUAGACAAAUAAUUUCUGAGAGUUUAUAAUUAAAAUUAUGGAUCAGUGUUUAUUAUUUAAACAAUUAAAAGUUGUUUAUACUACAAAUAUAUAUAUAAAAAAAAGGAGGGUUAUUAAUAUAAUAUUAACUAUAUAAUUUUGUGUUAAAUUUUUAUUUUUUAAAUAAUACAACAAUUUAUACUUUUAUUAAAUAUGACUUGAUCAAUUGUGAAUAAGUAUUACAUAAAAUGUAUUAUUGUUAUUAUUCUUAUACAGUACUGCAAAUUAUAUUAUAUAUUUUUUUUUAUUAUAAGUAUUUACAACACCGAAUCUUUAUAGAUUUUGAUAUGUUGAAUUCUGCUUGUCUUUAUCACCUCUAAUUUUUGUAUAAUUUGAGUAUAAAAGGAUAUAUCUUAUAUAAACAAUAACAGAUAAAUGCACAUUGACAAUAAUUAUAUUAUUAAAUAUUUAAAUUUAUCAAAUAUAUAUAUAUAUAUAUAUAAAAGUAUAAUUAGUAUUAUAAUAUGUAUUUGUUUUAUAAAUUUGAAUACUUUACAAUACUUUACAAUAAUUACCUAUGUGCAUUUUCUGUUAUUCUAAUUAUGACAUAUAUUUUUUAUAUUCAAGUUAGAUAACUAAUUAUUUAUUAGAAGUAAUAAAAACAAACAAUCCGCUUUUAAGCAAUCAGAUUUCAAUUAAGCACGUCAACAUUUAUGAGGAUCAGGUAUUUUAAUACAAACAAUAAAAACAAAAUUUACUUCACAGGACUGUGUGUUAUUAUCAUUUUUAAUAUGUAGGUGUAUUUUUGACUGAUUUGGUGUACGUUGAUAUGGCCCAUCCACAUAAAAGUAGUGGUAUAUUAGAAUCUGAUGCUCGACGGUAUAAAAUGAAUAAUAUUUUAAGAGUCAUAUCACAUUUGCAACAAAGCCGAUAUGAUAAUUUAAUACGGUUUCCUAGGAUAAGUGAUUAUUUGAAUUCUAUCAGAUAUAUCGAAGAACUACAUAAGUUUGUUCAAGAUGACCAAUAUAAGUAUGUUUUGCAGUAUUUAGUAUUAACGAUUAAUCAGUUAUUAACUAAAAGUAUUUUAUUGUAUUUAGGUUAUCAUUAAAGUUAGAACCGUUAUCCUGUCAAACAGAAAACUCUAGAGGCUCAAAAGAAUCAGUUAAUCAAGUACUGUUGGAUUCAUUGAGUUUAUCACCAGCAAAAUCAACAGAAUUAAUGCGAAUAAGGAAGUUUUCCUUGUGUAAGCAACAACAGAAAACAAACUGCUCAAAGUAAGCAAACUAAUUUGUUAUAUAUUCAUUUUUAUUUCAUGUGUUCAUAAAUAAUAUGGAAGGUUGUUAACACUGAGUUAUGAUUAUGUCAUUUUAAGAAUACAUUUAUUUUUUAAUCAGAUAUCGCAGUGCAAGUCUACCGCGUAGUUUUUUAAAAAAACCUGUGAUUCAAUCUGCAGUGUGUAAUAAUAAUAGGUAAGCAGUUAGGUUUAUGAGUGUUAAAAAAUUCUUUGCAUUUCUUUAUUUUUCCUUUGAGCAUAACUAAUACAGUGUUUGUUUGUUUUUGCUUUUUGCUGGAAUAUUUAAUAUUUAUUUGCUUUUUUAAACUGAUUUUACUUUUGGUUUUGGUAGUAAAGAUUUAUUUUAGUAUUCACAAGUUUUUUUAUUGUUUAUUUAGAUCUAGUUUUUUUCCACUUUAUAAUAUUGAGGUAUAUUUGAUUUGUUGUGAAAAUUUUCAGAGUAUCAUUAAAAAAAAAAUUUAAAAAAAAUAAUAACUAAAUAAUGUAUACUAAUUUAGCUUUUAAUAAUCAAAUGGUUAAUGAAUGGUUAGAUUUUUAAAUUAUUAAUUAUUUAUUAAAAAUCAAUAUUUUAUAUUAUUGACACCGAUACAUUAAUUAAUAAUACACUUAUAUUAAUGAAUAAAAUUAAUAAAAAAUAAUACAUAACUGCUAUGCAAUAAUUACAUUAAAUAAAAUAAAAUAAAAUAAAAUAUUAUUUUAGUAUUUUAGUAAUACAAUUGGUUUUUAAUAACAAAAUAAUGGUUUUUACACGCAAAAUAUUUGCAUAUAUCCUUAAAUAAUAUCAGUGAGAUACUAAGAUUUCAAUUGUAUCUUUUUUUAUAUUUAUAAUUAUAUUAUAAUAUAUUAUAUAUUUAUAAAUAUAUAUUUAUAAUAUAAUUUAUUACAACAAAGUAUAAAUCAUUUUGAUAUUUCCAUAAUAUAUACUUGGAUGUUUUUAAUUAAAUUUAUUUUGUUUGUUUUAAUAUUUAACCUGUCAUCAGUGGCUUUGGUCCUUUUAACUAAUAAUUUUAUAAUUUCUUGAAUAAUAUAUGUUUGAAACCACUUUCAUUCUUUUUAAUCUUAAUACAUUUUCUCCUACCAAUAUAGCAUACGUUUAUUAGUAUUUUAUUCUAAUUUUAUAUUGUAUAUACGGAAUAAAACUGUCCAUUAAUAAGAUAACAGCUGAAAUGCCACUAUUUACGUGCAUAUUAUUUCGACUGCAUUAUAAUUUGUAACAUUUUUAUCUUAGGUUAUAUCAGGGAUCGUUGAUAGUUAUCUAAUCCUUAUUAUCCAAGAUAGUAUUAAAAACAAAUAUGAUAACUAUAUUUCUAAUAAUAGACAAAAUUACACAAAACUAAAAUAGACAGUUUAUUAGUUCUUACAUACUUUAACACCUUAUGUAUUUUUGUUUUUGCUUUAAAUUGAUUAAUAACGAGAUUAAUAAUUAGAUAUCGAUAAUUUUGAUAAUUUACCUAGUUAUCUAAUAAUUACCGAUCCCUGGGUUAUAUUACUAUUUAUUAAUUUAUAAUUUCUUGUACAUUGAAUAUUGCUGUCAAUGUAAUAUAUGUCGUUUACACAGUAAUAACUGAUCUUUAGUAAUAGAAUAAUAUUUUGAAUAUUAUUUAUAUGCUAAUUAAGGCAUUAUCUAAAGCCAUGUAUUAUGCUGCCACCACGCUUCGAAAAUUUGAUCAGCUAUUCAUUACUGUCUUGACUUGAAAAAUGUAUAUCAUCAUAUAAUAUAAAUAUUGUGUUAACUUAAAACAAAAUGUGUAUAUUAUAACAGUUGAUUAUUUAUGGAUAAAGAUUUAUCAUUUUGUGUAAUUUGGUCAAAUAGAAUUAUGCCACUUUUCACAUAUUUUUAGAUGAUGCCACUGAUGCCGGUCAUAGUCUUAGUAAUUAAUGACAAUAAAUGUUAAUAAUCUAAAAAUUUUAAUUUUGAAUAUGUUGUAUUAUUCAAUAUUCAUGUGUAAUAUGUUCUGUGUAAUAUAGAUAUUGCUGAAUAUAUUACUGAAUUUCCUAUUUGUUGUGGAUAAGAAAAUCACCUUAAAUUAUCAACAAGACUUAUGUAUUUUAAUUGAUACUGUGUAAUAACGAUUAAUAAAAUAAUUAUUAUAGUUUAGGGUUUUAAAAUGCUUUUGUUUAUUAUUAGUCUAUUUUGUUGAGUCGUGAUCGAUAUUGUUGAUAUUUUAGUAUUUUAAUUAUUAUAAGGUAAUCAAUUUAUGUGGUUACACUCAAUAUAUCUUGAACAAUUACUUUUUACAAAACAUUUUUUUUUUAGGACAAUUUUAGAAACAAGCAGCUUUAAGAUGUUUUGUGUAUAUUAUAUUUUGUCAUCCUUAUUUUUGAGAGUGAAACGACUAUCUACUUUUGAUUUUUAAGUAGUAACUUAUGUAUUUUAAAAAUGCCAUAAAUAGAUGAAAUAUUAGUUGAAAUAAGUUUUAGUGUUGGCAUUUUUAAUUUCUGUUAACAUCUUGACGAGAUAUUCCAUUUUAAAAUUUGUAAUAAGAGAGAGUAGUGGAGCAUCAUUUGUGUGACAGUAUGGUACACAGUUUUGUUAAUAAUGUUCCCCUUAGUCUAACAUGGAAAAUCUUGUCAAUGGGUUGACAGAAAUCAAAUAUGUAUUUAAGUCGAAAGUCAGUGCACCCUUAAAAAUAAAAUAAGGGUGACAAUGAAUUAUGUUAUUAUAAAAUUUUAGAGCUGAUUGUUUUUUAAAUAAAAUAUUCUUAAAUAUUUAGAUAAAGUUAACACUAUUCGAAAUAUUCAAUGUAGCCACUUAAAUGGAUCACUCUGUAUAGUCCAUACAUUUAAGAUAAAAAUGUGCUAAUAGAUAUUGCUGAUAGAUGUGCCACUGUUGGUUGGAAGUUAGGAAGAUAGUAUAUAAUAGAGUAAUUUAAUUUAUAUUAUGUACACUACAAUAAAUUGUUCCUAAAUGCUAACAAAAAUAAUUCUGAGAGAAUUUCAGGAAAAUAGGUUUUAAAAUGCCGUCAUUGUUAUAAUUUUCAUAAAAACUUAAAACAUUAAAUUUUAAAAAGUAAAAUGUACUAUUUACUAGAAUAGGAAGCUAUUUUUUGAAUUAUACUAUUUUUAAUUUAUUGUAUAAUAAUAGUAGUAGGUAAAUAUUUUUUCUUUAAAAAUUCAUUAAUUGUGCUGGACUAAGUUUUAGAAUAAUGAUGACUGAAUAAUGAAGAAUCACUAAGGCUAUGCUUAUCAGUUAUCAUAGUUGAUACCAUAUUUUACCUAUUUUGACAACAUAUUUUUGUGUAUCAUGUAUGGUAAAAUGUAUUAUUUAUCAAAAAGUAUAAAUAACUUAUAAAUAAUUAGUAUAAAUAUUAAUAAGUAUACUUAUUAUAUUAAAGUAAAUACAUGCAAAUAAUAAUAAUAAUAAUUUUAUUUACAGGAAUUAAUUUCCAAUUUUAAAAUAAUAAAUUGAUAGUGUAUAUUAUGAACAUAUUGUACAAAAUAGUCUAUUAAUAUUAAAUAAUAAAAGUUGAACAUUUAAAUUAUCAUAUAAAUAAUCUAUUGGUAAUAAAUUAAUAUAUUACGUUAUGGAUUGCAAUACAGUAACUUAAAGAACACGGUGAGCACUCAACCUUUUCUUUUUAACCACUAAGUGUAACUUAUAAUGAAACUCCUAUUAAAUUUUCAAGUAUUUCUGUUUGGUCUAACAAUUUUAUCCACAGAGUACCUACUGAAUAAAUAUUACAAAAAAAAUUCAAAAUUAAUAUGUUUAUAAAUAACUAAAAAAUGGUUCAAAUGUUUUUUAGAAGAUUUCACCACUCCUAGAAAAGACAAAUAUAAGUUUCUUGACCACAUACCAAGUCUCUACAAUUAUUUUUAACUGAAUUACUUACAUUAAAAAAACAAAAUUUAAAAUAACAUAAGAAUUAUUUUUUGUAAAUUUUACCAUUUUUUAAAGUACCACCUCGAGAAAAUUUUUUUCCGGUAAAAGUGCUACACUUAAAAAUCAGAGUAAGAUUUCUAGUAAAAUUUUUUACACAGUAUAAAAAAAAUUGAAAUAAUCAUUGUAAAACCAAUAUAUUAAUAGAUUGCUCAGAAUCAAAAAAAUGAAAAUCUAGUUUUUGUUUUUACAUCAUAAGGUUAUUAAUUUUGUUGUGCAUAUAUUAUAUGGUACAUUUUAACCAAAUGAACUUUUAAAACACACUUUUUUUAAAUAAUGAAUUUAUAAUUUUGAGUUUUAGGAAAUUUGCCUAUAAUUCUGUUUUUCAUAAAAUUAAAAAUAAUAUAAAAAUUAAAAACCUUACAUUUUUGAAAUUAUAACCAAUUUAAUUUUCUUGUAUUAACUUUUACGCUUUCUAAUUAAUAUGAUAUUAUAUUUGUUUUCUUAUAGUCUGAUUCAUAAAUCCGAUGAAGGGAUAUUGUCAACUGUAAAUUCAAGAAAUUUGCUGGAUGAUUCUCUCAUUGAAGAGAACACAUUAGAUCUAUCUAACUUGAAUUUGUCACCUUCACAGUGAGUAGAAAAAAAAAUGAUUUUAUUGUAGAGUAUUAAAUUGUGUAUCUCAUUUGAAUAGAACUUUAAAAGGAGCUCAUAAAAUUAGUCUGGAGAGUUGUUUAAGGCGUAAAGUGGUAUUGAAAAAUGGCCGAAAACCAGCUGUGGCAACUUGGCAGCGGUAUUGGAUUCAACUAUGGGCAUCUGUAUUAAUCUAUUACUCACCUAAAUCAUUUAAAGGGUUAGUGUAAAUUAAUAUGUGUGUUUAUAUAAUUAUAUUGUGUGUAUAAUAUUAUGUUAUAUUAUUAUAUAGUUGUAAUAGAAAUGAUUUUAAACGAGAACCUUGCAAAUUAUGCCCGUUGAAAGGAUGCACGGUCAGUCUUGGUGACAAUCCAGAUACAUUUUUAAUCAAGCAUCCAGAUCAGAGUAAAUAAUAAUUAAUUUUAAUGUUUGCAUUCGUGAAUAUAAUAUUUAAAUUGAUUUUUUUCUCAGGAAAUACCUAUAAAUUUCGUGCGGAUAGCGAAAAUACAGCAUUACAGUGGUAUAGACGACUGUAUCAUGCCGCGCAGUUAGUACACCAACCAGAUACUAAAUUACCCGAUAACCUAAUAAGUUUCGACUGAUUAGUUUUAAAAAUUACAUGAUUUUUUUUUUUUAAAAAAAUAAAAUAAGAAAACAAAAAUUAUCAUAGACUAUAUUAAAAAGUACCAGGACUAUUGAGGUGUUUCAAUGCAUUAUAUAUAAUAUUUAUAAGAGAAAUAUAAAUUUUACUAAAAGUGAUAUUCGUUACCAAAGAAAAUAUUUAGUUAUAGUAUUUAUAUAAGCUUAAAAAUAAUUAGGUUAGUUUAAACUGUUUAAUAUAGUUUGAAAUAGUUAUAAAAUAAAAGCCAAUUGUAUUAAUAUUAUAAAAUUAAAGACUUGUCUAAUGAAAAAUAUAUUAUAAUUUUUUUUUUUUUUAAAUCUUGCCUUAAUAGAUAAAAUAAUAGAAAUAUUAAUCUUGCCAUAUAAAUAAUCUGUUGGUUUUUUCAUAAUAUACACAUUAACCUAAUUGAUUUUCAGUUAUUUAACCACUGGAGAAUGUUCUUUCUAAAUUAAAUUAUCAUUGUUUUUAAAUUUAAAUUUUAACUGUCAAAACACCUUAGUUGUUUAUUUUUUUUUUUAAUAUUAGCAUGGUGCUCUAUAAUUUUAUUAUACUCCUUAAAACCAAUUUGUUUUUCUUUUAUUUCAAAUUGUAUUCAAAAACAACUUUCAAUAUAAUAUUGUGUACAAAUAUUUUGAUUGUUUUAAACAAAUAUUCUUGUUGUAUUAAAAUUCAAGUAUUCAAGUAUUUCGAAAUUUCAGUAACUUCCUCCGAAAAUCUUUUAAGCUAAUACUAUAUUCGUUAACUAAAUAAAUAAAAUACACAACUUAGGUUCUACCAAAGUUUUGAUAAUAAUUAUUAGUAAAUUAGCACCUAGUUAUCUGUUAUCAUAUACACACUGUCCAUAUAGGUUGACUAAUAAAUUACUAUUCUGAAAAUAAUAUAUUAAUUAACAUAUCAGUAUAUAAGAGAUUUUAAUAUUUUUUAAGUUUGCUAUAGAUUACUAAUGGUAUUUAGUUUAAAUUUAUUUUUAUUUUUUCCCAGACUGUUGUUUUAUAGUAUGAAUUAUUUAGCGUAUAAAUACAAUUGUAAUUGUGCUUCUGAAAAUAGUCAUAAUAUAAAAAUAAAAUCGGCCAAAGCCUAUGUUCCUUAUAAAUUAAAUUAUUAGAAAAUGAUUAUUAUGAAUUCAACUUGUUGUAAUAUUUUAUUUUUUUGUUUCAAAAAUAUAAGUUUUGUCAGUAUAUUUACUCAAAUUUACGUUAUUUUUACCUUACAAAAAAAUGAUUAAAAUCUAGAAAUGUGUUCAUUAAUAUUUCAUAGCAAUAUUGAUUAUAAAACAUAAUAAUUAUCGAUUCAUAUAAAAUAUAUUUAUUAGUAUAUUUAUUCUGUAUAUAAAAUCCGUAACAAUAAUCAAUUUAAAUUAAUAUAAAUGGGGUAGAUUACAAAUAAAAAUGCUUUUACUCAUUACUGUGUUACGUGUAUUGGUACAUUUUACAUUUAUUGUGUUUUGUAUACAUAUAUUUUUCUUAUAUGUAAACUAUUGAGAAUUUUCGGGUGUUAAAAUAAAACUAUACUGAAUAAAACAGUAAAAAUCAUUUUAAAAAUAAUAUUUUUCUACAACUGACACUAUUUUUGGGUAUUAUAUUUUAUGACUAUUAAAAAAUUAAGGAUUCAAAUUAGAAUCUAAAAAGUUUCCAUUGCUAAAUCAAUAUAACUUUAUACAAUUGUCUGUAUAAUUUAAGAUCUCUAACAAAUCAUAAGUUGUGAUUUAAUAAUAAAAAUAAAUAUAGUAUAUUAUAAACAUUAAUACAACCUCCAUAUGCCACUAUUUUUUGUUUACGACUAAAAAAUAUGAUGAAUUGUAUUUAUUAUAAUUUAUCAAUAAUGUUAUGUCAUUAUUUGUUUUUUACAUUGAUUCAGAUUUUGUUGUGUUCAUUUUUAAGUAAACUACUAUUGUACGGUUAUCAGCAUACCUAUAUGACAAUUAUUAUUAUUAUUAUUAUUACGUUACUUUUAAUCAACUAAUAUUAUAACCUCGUUAGUUUUUUAUUUAUUUUUUUUUUUAAAUAUUUUAAUAUAGAUUUAUAUGAACUCAUUUUUGUAAACAUUUUAUACAUAUAUAUACAUACAUAAUGUGUCAUUACAUUGUUGUCAGAUUGUAUAAACUUUUUUUAAAAAAAUGUACCAUACUAAAUUCACAGUUUUGUAAAUCGUGUAAAUUUGUAUUGCUUAUAUAUUUUUUUAAUUUUAUGAACACGCUAUGCACGUUUCCAAUGACAAUAUUUUGCUUUUUCAGAAAAUUUAUUGUCUGUGUUUAUCUCAGAGACAUAAUAUUUUCCUGUUAAUGAUGCCAUAUGGUAAUAUAAAUUUGCACCUAAAUUAAUGUUAAUCAAUAAAAAGAACUGGUUGUUUUUUUGUAUACAAAAUAUAAAUAUUACUAUCCAAUAACAAACCUCUAAUAUAUUAUAUUAUGUAAUACAUUUGUUAACAUAGAUAAUAUUAUUUCCCCGGUUAAAAAAAUUGUGCGAUAUGUGUGAAUAAGUACCAAUUUAUAAUCUGUUGAUGUCCGUUUGAAAAAUGUAAACUGAACAAAUCCAAAGUCUAAUAAUACACCCUCAUGCAUUAUGAUUUUGUACCCUCAUAACCCUUUCCCAUUAGAAUUAAAUAUUAUUAAUGUGCCUUAUGUGUUUUUCUCCAGAAUUAUUUAUAGUGAUCAUAAUAUUGUUGUUACAAUAUUAUAACAAUAUGUAGAUUUGGCGUCACCAAGUUUGCCUUAUUAAGAAGUUGUUGAUUUGCUAUUAAAUUGUUUAUAUAAUUGUAUAAUUAUUAUUAUUACUGUUUUACACACGCGAUUAUUAUUAUAGGUAAUGUUUAUAUUAUAUUGUAUAAUUGUAUUAGGUCACAUUUAUUUAUUUAUUAUUAUUAUUAUUAUUUUUUUUUUUUUUUUUUAGACUUACUAGAGAACAAUGAUUAAACGCUUUAGAAUAUUUUAUACCAAAUGUACGUAUGUACAUAAUAUUAUACAUUAUUUAUUGUCCACACAAUGCCAAAACAAUAAAACGUCC